AUGGCCAACCCCUCAGACUCCAUGCCUCCUGGGACCUCCGUCCAGGAGGUUAUGAGCCCAAGUGGUGCUCGCCCUACUUCGCCGAGAAUGACAACAACAGCUGCGGGGCCCGAGAGGGGCCAACCGGGGGUCGUAAGACCAGCUUUGGAUGGUGGAGAGGCUCAUGGAGCCCAACCGGAGGCCGUAAGGCCGGAUGGUGCACUGGAAGCUGGCGGCACUGGUGUGGCUGGAAGUGUGGAUGGAGCAAUGGUUUCUGGAGAUAGCAUGGACUCUGGGCAUGGUACAAGUGGUCAAGUGGCAAGAGUUCAGGCCUUGGCGCUAGCCUCUGGAGCGGUGGUUGCAGGUGGCAUGCAAGCUGUGGUGGCCUCAACCUCAAUGACGAGGGAGGUGGAGCCGGCCGGUGAAGCUGGGGACAUGGGCAUGCUGCGUGAUGGCCUGAAUAGUGGAGGGCAUCAACAACCUGGAGGUUUCAGCUGGAAUGCGCAAGGCAGUCCGAUGGGAAGAGAGGCACAACCGCGUGGUGCGAUGCCGACCUGGGUUUCUCGCCUGGGAGCUUUCUUCCAGGCUAUGGGGCAGUCACAGCAGGUGACACCCCCGGAGUGGAUGCCGAGUCCCUUUCCGUCGCCUGUGACGAGACCGUCGAGAUCGCAGAGGGCGUUGGAGUCACCUAUGUCGCAUGGGGAACGGGAUGAGGCAUCGAGGACGCCUUUGUUUGAUGAUGAGCAGAGGCAACAGAUGAGGGCAAUGGAGCAGCGGGCUCCACUGCUGUAUGGUGCCACCGGGGUGGGACCGAGGCCUAUGGAUGGUGGUGGCAGUUCUGGAGGAAGCACCUAUGAAGCGGUGAAGGAAGAAGUGCGUCAGCAGCUACAAGGAUGCAAUUGGAGCGAGAACGCAUGGGAGAAGGGCAGUGGCCACAUGCAGCAAGGUCUCGUCCUGGGCAGGGAUGGGGCCAACACCUGUGGAAUGGUCUGGUGGGGGCCUUGCCGGGUCCGUCGGGCCAACUUGGGCCACGAGGCAAUCCUGGUGCGCUACAUCCAGUUCAACAAGGAGCUUUCCCCGAAUCUCAAGGCAAUCCUGGUCCGCUACCUCCAGUUCAGCAAGGAGCUUUCCCCGAAUCUCAAGGCAAUCCUGGUCCGCUACCUCCAGUUCAGCAAGGAGCUUCCACCGAAUCUCGAGGCAAUCCUGGUCCGCUACCUGGGGGAAGUUUAG